AGAACCACCACCAAUCUUCCCCAUCUCCGGCGAUCGCCGGAGUGCGGCUGCGGCGGCGGCGGCGUCCGGGCGGAAAUGGACCUUCUCGUGGCGCAGAUCACGACCGACCUGCGCUCCUCGGAUGCGCUGCGGCAGUCGUCCGCGCUGCUGCAGGCGCUGCAGCAGUGCGCGGCCGGGCGCGAUGUGUCCGCGCUGGCGCGCACCGUCGCCACCGAGAUCCUGGCGGCGCCGUCGUCGGCGGUGUGCAAGCGACUCGCGCUCGACCUCCUCCGCGCGCUGCCCCUGCCCCCCGACCUCCUCGACCCGCUGCUGCUCUCCUCCCUCGGCUCGGAUCUCUCCUUUCCCGACCCGGACGUCGCCGCCUCCUCCAUCGCCUCCUUCCCCUCGCUCCCCUCCCACCUACUCCCCACCCUCCUCUCCUCGGCGCACGCCGACAUCUCCGCCGCGCUCUCCUCGCCCGCCGUGUCGCUCCGCCUCGCGGCGGUCACAUCCCUCUCCUCGCUCCUCCCGCGGGAUGACCUCGCGCUCAUGUGCUCCUCCAACCCCUCGCUCAUGGCGCACGCCACCACGUGGUGGGGCCGCCUGGGCGAGCUCGCGCUGGACUCCGCCGACGCCGUGGCCGCCGCGGCCUUUGAGGCGCUGGCUCGGCUCUUCCAGGAGCUGGAUGCCCGCCGCAUGAGCCGGCUUGCCGGGGACAAGCUUGUCGACGGAGAGGGGGCACUAGCGGUGCGUGCUCAGUGGGCGGCCGAUGCCACCAAUUUCAUCUGGUCCAGGCGCAACAUGCUCAUUGCCCGCUCCAUGGUGAUGCCUGUAGAGAGAUUCAGGGUCACCGUGUACCCUCUUGUGCACGCAGCGAAAAUGGUUGCUUCUGGCGCGGUGAACACGCUGCGCAAGAUUGCCAAGCCGGGGGACACUACAGUAGCUGACAGUGUUGAGUCGAGCGCGGAGAAGUUGGUUGGGGUGUCGGAUAUUGUCUCACACUUGCUGCCAUUCCUUAGCUCUCUGGAUCCGCCACUUGUGUUUGAGGUGGGGAUCAAUAUGCUGGCACUUGCCGAUGUGCCCGGAGGUAAGCCAGAGUGGGCUUCAGCUGCCACCAUUGCAAUUCUUACACUAUGGGACCGGCAAGAGUUUUCAUCAAUGAGGGAGACGAUUGUCAGGGCUGUUGUGACCAAUCUGCAUUUGUUGGAUCUUGGAAUGCAGGUGUCUCUGUUCAAAAGACUUCUUCAGAUGGUGAGAAACUUGAGAGCAGAAUCAGAUCGUAUGCAUGCAUUGGCAUGUAUUUGUCGAACCGCUCUUUGUGUUGAUCUUUUUGCAAAGGAGAGUGUACGAAGAGGUCAGAAGCCUGUUCCAGGAACAGAUGUGAUCUCUCUUUUCGAGGAUGUAAGGGUGAAGGAUGAUCUAAACAGCAUUACAAGCAAAAACUUGUUCAGGGAAGAGCUGGUCGCCUCCCUGGUUGAAAGUUGUUUCCAGCUAUCUCUUCCACUGCCUGAGCAGAAUAAUUCUGGUACAGAGAGCAGAGUUAUAGGUGCAUUAGCCUAUGGAACUGGUUAUGGUGCAUUGAAUUGGACAGAACCUGCUUUGGAUGUGGUAGAAGUUUGCAGGCCCUGUGUUCUCUGGGACUGUGAUGGGCGUACCUAUGCAAUUGAUUGCUAUCUGAAAUUACUUGUUCGGCUUUGCCAUAUAUAUGAUACUAGGGGUGGUGUAAAGACAAUUAAAGCUGGUGCAUCCCAAGAUCAGAUUCUAAAUGAGACAAGACUUAGAAAUUUGCAGCUGCAGCUCAUCAGGGAUCUUCGUGAGGUCCAUACCCCAAGAAUAUCAUCACGGUUGAUAUGGGCAAUUUCUGAGCACUUCGAUCUUGAAGGUCUGGAUCCUCUUUUGGCUGAUGACCCAGAGGAUCCGCUAAAUAUUAUCAUAUCUAAUAUGCACAAGAUUUUGUUCAAUACCGAUUCCUCUACCACCACAUCAAAUAGGAUUCAAGAUGUGCAGUCUGUCCUCAUAUGUGCUCAACGUCUGGGAACAAGAAAUGCAAGAGCAGGCCAGCUCCUCAGUAAAGAAUUGGAAGAAUUUAGGGCAAGUACUUCAGCUGAUUCUGUCACCAAACAUCAGUCACGCUAUGUCAUGCAAAUAAUAAAAUAUGUAACAAACCAUCCAGAUAACAGGUGGGUUGGUGUAGGUGAUGCUACAGGAGAUUACCCAUUUAGCCACCACAAGCUCACUGUCCAGUUCUCAGAAGCAUCUGCUGCUCAAGACAGGAAAUUGGAGGGAUUAGUUCAUAAAGCUAUUCUGGAGCUUUGGAGGCCCAGUCCCACGCAGUUAACUCUCCUACAAACAAAGGGGAUUGGUGCUUUACAUAAAGAGCUCCCAAAAGCAUAUACUUUGACUGGCAGCAGUGAUCCAUGCUACAUUGAAGCAUAUCAUUUAGCAGAUCCAACUGAUGGCAGAAUCACUCUACAUCUAAAGAUCUUAAAUUUGACUGAGAUGGAGCUCAACAGGGUUGAUAUCCGAGUUGGACUCUCUGGAGCACUGUAUUACAUGGAUGGAUUUUCCCGCACUGUUCGACACCUACGUAAUCUUGUUUCCCAGGAUCCAGUCCAGAGUAGUGUAACUGUUGGAGUUUCACAUUUUGAGAGAUGCUCCCUCUGGGUUCAAGUCUUGUACUAUCCGUUUGAUGGAAGUGGAGGACCUGCUGACUAUGAAGGAGAUUAUGAAGAGAGCUCACAAAUGACGAGGCAAAAGCGCUCAUUUCGGCCAGAGCUUGGGGAGCCGGUUGUUUUGCGCUGCCAGCCAUACAAGAUCCCUCUAGCUGAACUUCUCUUGCCAUAUGAAUGCUCUCCAGUUGAGUAUUUCCGGUUAUGGCCAAGUUUGCCAGCCAUGGUGGAGUGCACUGGCACAUACACAUAUGAAGGUAGUGGUUUCAAGGCCACUGCUGCUCAGCAGUAUGAUAGCUCUCCUUUCCUCAGUGGAUUGAAGUCAAUUUAUUCAAAGCCUUUCCAUCAAGUAUGCUCUCAUUUCAUCAGAACAGUAGCUGGGUUCCAGUUAUGCUAUGCCGCGAAGACUUGGUUUGGUGGAUUUGUGGGCAUGAUGAUCUUUGGCGCAAGUGAGGUCAGUCGGAACGUUGAUCUGGGCGAUGAAACAACCACAAUGAUUUGCAAAUUCGUAGUGCGUGCAUCUGAUGAAUCCAUCACAAGAGAGAUCGAAUCAGAUCUCCAGGGUUGGCUGGAUGAUAUCACUGAUGGCGCUGUGGAAUACAUGCCCGAGGAUGAGGUGAAGAGCGCAGCCGCUGAGCGGCUGAAGGUUUCAAUGGAGAGAAUAGCGCUGCUCAAGGCAGCCAAGCCAAAGGUGCCGCCUGCGAAAACAAAGGAAGAAGAGGAAGAGGAGAAGAAGCAAAACGAGGACUUGGAUGAAUUCGGUAACCCCAAGGGACCCUCUACGCUUUCAAAGCUCACUGCUGAGGAAGCUGAGCACCGUGCGCUCCAGGCAGCCGUGCUGCAGGAGUGGCAUCAGCUGUGCAAAGAGAAAGCCAUGAAAGCACAGUGAGGUUGAGUUUCUUCAUGCGGCACAUGUACAAUUUUGUAUCUGUUUUCUGGCCCCCAUUUUGUAUAUGUAUUACAUUUGUUUGUCCCUUUUAUCCUCAUCAUUUUGUGUAUGUAUUAUCGGUGUUAUCCUGCUGAUUUCGCUCAUUGGUGUACUUGAAGAACCUAACUUAGUGGUGAUGAUGCAUUAAUUGAACAAAGAGUACUAUGAUA